AUGACCAGCGAUUCGACAGCUGUUGCCCGCCCCGCAAGUCGGCUCGUGGCUGAUUUCAAUGAGUCUCCAAGCGCUUUACGCUCUUCUUCGUCUCUCUCCACGCAUGUCAGCUCCCCGGGCGAGAGACGAAAACGUCGGAGCGAAAUGCACGAGCGCGAAGUCAGUCGGAUUCGAUCCGAGUCACGACUAGGGUUAUGCGCAGCUGACGACGAUGACGAUGCGCCGUCGAGAGAGCCCGAAGCUGCACCUCAGCAACAUCCCUUCCCGCGCACCUCUCAGCACAAGUACUCCCCACGCAAGUCCACCGCACUGUCCGUCGCUUCUUCUCGCUAUGACGAUGAAAGCGAGCCUGCCCUCAAUACCACAUCUCCGCUCACGCCUUCCUCUGGCAGAGCUCCGCGGCUCAACGAUGGCAAUGACACAUCGUCUGGCUCCAUGAGACGGCUCGUGAAGACUACAGGCCCAGCAUCAGGUCGCAGCUCGCUCGAUGACCGAACCUCUCCUCGCAUCGCAUCCGCCAGUCGCAGUCCUAUGCCGUCCGAGUUUCGUAUGCCAGACAAGGAAGCACGUCGCGCCUAUCGCGCGGCACAUCAGCGCACACCCAGCGAUCCAAACGACUCGGACAGAAGCGGAUCUCGGGAAGAGUUGAUCAUAGACUCCACCUCAACCGAUCUCGGCGAAAAUGCAGUACUUCGCAGUCCCGUCUCGACACGACGUGAGAGCCUGGAUGAAAUCCAGGAAGAAGGCGCAGCACACAAACCCACCAACCCACCACGUUCGCCCCAGAAUCGACGCCGCAGAUACGCCUCGGAUGCAGCAGCAGAAGCGGUACCAGAUGAAACACCUUUGCGAUUACCUUACGACGGUCGGCUCGGCACGCAGGGCAGUCGCAUCUCCGUCGACUCGUCCUCCGCUCAACGCUUCCUUGCUAGAAGCUCGCUACAUAGUACGCCGUCAAGCUCGACGCGCCGCACGCCUCAAUCCUCCGACGUUGGCUCCCCCAGCGAGGAUGCACGUGCUCGAAAGAUCUCGUCGACCUCUUCGAGCCGCUCUCAAAAGUCGUCUAACAGCGCCUCGGAGCUUCACCGCGCCGCUUCACGAGUCAGCAUGCGCAGACAGCACGGCUCCGACCUCUUCUCCGCCGCUGAGCCCAUGCCUCAACCUUCAUCGGUAACUGCACGUGCUUACAGCCCUUCUGUACGCACGGAACGGUCGUCAUCUCUGACCAACUCGCCGGAUCGAUCGCAUCCUCAUCUCGACCAGCCUCGUCGCGUCAACGAUGCAGCCAUGGAGCAUCUUCGAACCCAAACCCAUGACCUACCCGUCGGACGGUCAGCAGUAGAGCACGACCGCCGCCACGUUCCUCCUAUAUCGCUGCGCAAUCAAGCACAGCUAGGUUCCACUCGCUCGUCUCUGAACCUCGAUUCGCCGACGCUGGGCCCCAUGCGCGCCCAAUCCGUCAUGGGUCUGCGAACGCCGAACGACGCUCUGCGUUCUGUCAAAAUGCAUCAAUAUCCUUCCACAGACCCUCAACAAUCCCGGCACGAUCGCAGCUGGCCGAGUGCGGACCCAAACGCCUCUUCAGAUGCCGUGCAUCGCAUCCACGAGCUCGUCGGCCUUCGCGGCGGGACCAACCCGCGUCAGAUAGUACCUCCACGAAGCGCUACCGUUUUAGGCACAGCUGCAGACUCUUUUGCUAGUGGCCCUGCAUUCAACCAGCAAGAACGCAAAGCACCCAAUGCCGACGAGCCUGCUCCCAUCCGCAACCUCGCUGUCCGCUUAGCCCAAUACGAAGCCCUCUACACCAAGACACCAGCCACCGACGCAACCAACGCCGCUACCUCGGGUCCUCAUACGGCGCGCACCGUAGAGCUCAUGGGUGCCAUCGUACGAGGAACCUCGACCAUGUGGGCAGAGCUGGCAUCGAUGCAGCCCAUUGCCACCGAGGGACACCUCAUGGGUCGCCCCGGAGACGCAUUUACAGACGCAUUUGGUCAGCUCGACGACGGCCUUGCAUUCGUGAACAAGUUGGUGCUCGAGCAAGCUCGUGCCAUGCAGGAUUUGCUCUUCCUCCUCGACCGCACCGAAAAGGAGAGGCAGGUCCACUUCAACCAAGCUUUGAUCGAGAUGGGCCACUCGCCUCGACCCUUCUCUCGCAUCGGCACGGGUAGCUCGGCGAAUCUGACACCAGGACAUGCCAAGCUGGCCACCGGUGCCGAAGCAGGUGCGACUGCUGAGCGCAACACGCAGCUUCUACGCCGAGCCACCUCGUCAGUCCGCACUGGGUCGAGCUUGAACACCGAGUCGCCGUCUCCCUUUACACGCUUGUCCCGUGGUACCGGCAGCACCGAGCGCGGUGGUACGCUGACUGCUUCUCAAUUGCGAUCGAUGACCUCUCUUGGCUACACCAGCAAUCACGGCCGUUCGGCGUCCGAGCUUUCACCUUCGUCCAGUGCUGCGCAGCGCCGGCUCGACCGGGUAGCUGCCGGGCAGCCUCGUGAAGGCUCCCAAGACUCGCCCUUGUCCUCGCGUCCCGGCAACUUGGGUCAAGUGUUUCCGGCUAGCGAUACCUCUUCCAGUGAAGUGAACGCAGCAGGUGCUGUAGCCUCACGACCUCCGCUGGCUUUCACUCCACGUCGGCCUAGACUGAGCAACCCCUCCGUUUCGAAUGCCACAGCCUCGUAUCAGCCGUCAACCGUUUCCGACGCCUCAAGUGUCGUUAACUCGAGCCCCGAAAACAGUCUACGUAACGGUCAUAGCGGUGCCGAACAACUGGACAGCGAGAGGAGCACCAUCGGACGUGAGCACGGAAGUGUCAAUGGCCAGACGAACGAGUUUGGCCGUCUGGUAGGAGCGCCUACGGAACCCUUGUCAGGCGGAGACACAGUCAGGCUGUCUUCACGCAGUCAGCGACUUCGAUCUGAACGCAAUCACGGCAACGCCACCAUCAGGGGUGGGACUAGGGUCGUCGAUACGCUUGCCUCGCAACUCGAUACGUUCAGGGGCAUCGAAGGCCAGACCAACGAAGUAGAGCAAAGUUCAGGGGACUCUCGUGCAGGCACCAGACGCUGGGUGCAUCGAAGGUACACCACCAACUUUGAAACUGCUGCGUCGCCGUCUGCUCUGCUUCCCGACGACGCACAAGAUGACACACGCUCACCGACAAAGUUGAGCCAGUACGGUCUGACAAAGUCGAACAACCCACCGCCUCGACCUCCCCGCCAUAUUCAGCGGCCGUCGGAGGAGAGCAUGUCGUCUCCCGAUCGCAGAGCUCAGCGGGCUCUCGAUGAACCCUCAACGCCGAUGUCGGCGCAGGUCGCAGAUGUCAGUACACCACGUCCAUCUGAUCGUGCAGGUGGUGGCGCUCGUGAGGGGGAACGUCAUGGGGAUGCGGGGAAUGCCGGGCUUGCAUCGUCUGUGGUCAGGAGCUUGGGUCGUACAGCUGCACGCCGUGUGAGCCGCGCCCUUGGAUCCGGCACAUGA